GGUUUUAUACUGAUUGAUGGUUGCCGUAAAGUAUAUAGAUGAUGAGUAAAUAGAAUUAUAGAGACCUUAUUGCAAUAUGCUUGUACCUCAUUGCUCUCGGUACGACAAGGUGAGCUUCUGGUUCAUGCAUCACGUGCCUCAUAUUUCCAACAGCCUCCUCCUCAAACAGGGCCAAGGGACCAAAGGCUCCAACGGUCGGUUUCAUGACGGGUUUACGCAGAUCCAUGGCCUCUCGCGUCCAACGACUGGUCUCGUUCCUGUUGCCUUUUUCCUUCGUUUCUCCAUUCUGUUCCUUUCCGUAUGGACUACAUGUUAUGUUGAUUUGGCGGAUGCUGAUUGGUCGCGACUCUUGAUUGGUUCUUGCCAGAUGUCGUGAUCACUUCGUUCUCUGUCUUGGUAAAUCCCAUGGUUCAUCCUGAAUCUUCAUGUCAUUGCUGGUCGUGCGAAAACGUCUUUCUCUUACUUCACUUCAACCGUACUCUGACUCCAAUACCAUGUCUUCCUCGCAGCCUUCCUCUUCCGAAAAUCCUGGGGGGCGUCGUCGCCGUCAACUUCGUGAUUCCAAUACCACGCCUUCUUCACAGCCUUCCUCUUCCGGAAAUCCUGGGGGUCGUCGUCAACGUCAACUCCCUGAUACUAUAACCCGUAUGCGGUCGCCACCUCCAAUGAAUCUGAAGUCAGUCUCUUCUGCUCGGUCGUCGUCGACGGUGAAGGCGGAAAUCGAUGAACAGUCGUCUUCGCAAGCACCUACACAGCUGCUCCCCUCGUCAUCGUCAGGGAAGGUGGCAAUCGACGAGCAGUCUUUUUCGCAAGCGCCUACGCAGCUGCUUUCCUCGUCGUUAUCCGACAGCGGCGGCGGGUCGAUCGAUGAGGGGCAACUGAUAUCCUUGUCGUCAUCCGACAGCAGCGGCGAGCUGAUCGAUGUUGGGCAGGAGGGUCCUCCUUCGCCUUUGUUGCUGAGCGCAGGGCCCGAGCGCCCCCGCUUUCGGUCGCGGCGGAGUAGUAGGCCUUAUCCAAGGCGGCCCAAGCGGCGGUCCACGCCAUCCGGGCUUCCUUCGUCGGAUAUGUUGUCGGAGAGUAUUUCUGGACGACACCGCCUGGUCUGCGAUAGGUUGAUGGAGCUUGAGGAGAUAUUAAUGCAGGGGCGUAUACCUGAGGAGCAGAAGAAGUAUCACAGAUGGCUAUACCAACGCGUAAUACAUCAGGAGGCGUCGCUGCGCGCCGAAGCGCGCGCUCUGGCGACCAGCCCGGGGCAGUUGGUUGAGCAGGUCCAGCGGAUCUUAGACACGGUAUACGGCACGGACACGUUCCAGAAGUAGAUGGUGUUGGUGGCAACAUCAUGGAUAUAAUAAAUAAGGGAUAAUAAUAAAAAGAGGGAAAAAUAGUAGAAAAACAAAAAGUAAAGAAAACAAAAAUAAUGAAUAAGAAA